AUGGAAGACGUCAACAAUGCGCUUAAAGAGUGUGGCUUCGGCCUGUUCCAUAUACAACUCCUCUGCACUUCCUUCGUAGCACUGAACGCUGGUAUAACCAUCACAAACAGCACAUCGUACAUAUUACCAGUGGCUGAAUGUGAUCUCGACAUGAAUCUUCUGCAAAAGGGGCUGUUGAAUGGCGCACCGUAUUUUGGAAUGAUUCUAUUAUCAAUUGUGGGUGGUUUUUUAUCAGACACAUUUGGACGCAAGUUUUUCUUAAUAUUUGGUUUUGGAGGUGUUUUUAUUUUCACUGUAUUAGGUGGAUGCAGUCAAACAUAUUCCGUAUUAAUUACGGCUAAAUUUUUCGAAGGAGUAUUAUUCUCAACGGCGUUCACGCCAGUUAUAACUUUGACUUCCGAGUUCUGUCACAAUGGGAUAAGAGACCGAGUAAUGCUCUUCCAAUCGUCCUUCGUCUCAGUUUCACAAAUAGUGAUAGCGCUUAUGUCCUGGGCAAUACUACCGCACCAAUGGAAACAUUCACUUUUUAACGGCUAUAUCGUCUUCAACACUUGGAACUACUAUCUGUUCAUAAUGUCAACGUGGUCGUUUUUGGCGAGUUUUAUGUACAUGUUCCUGCCAGAGAGCCCUAAGUAUUGCAUCACACAGAAAAGAUACGAUGAAGCUCGAGAGAUACUCAUAUCAGUGUAUAGGAAAAAUACGAGAAGAUCCGCAGACACGUUCUCAUAUGUGAAUUUGUGGAAGGACAAAUCUAAAAUGGAUAAGAUCGAUGAAACCUCCGAAUAUAAGACCGGAAGCUUUAGCAACAUGCUGACUGUCGGUCUUCACAACGUAAAACCUAUGUUUCACAAACCCCUUGGGUUGUACGCUUUACUGUUCUGCACGACGAAUUUCUUUAUUAUGAAUAUGUACAACGUAAUUAGGCUGUGGUUCCCUCAACUGUCGACGAUCGUGGAACAUUAUAGUGGUGUAGAUAAUAAUCACAGCUUAUGUGGGAUGUUGGACGCAUAUACGUAUGACUUGAAAAUGAGAGGGCUAAAUGGAACGGAAAACGAAACUUGUGUUCCGAACGUCAGCGGUACUGAGACAUACAUCAACAGUAUCGUGUUAGGCUCCACGUGCAUUAUCCCAUAUAUCAUUGGAGGAGUUUUGGUGACAAAAGUGGGAAAGAAAAAUAUGUAUAUAGCUUGUGGGGCAAUUUGUACAUGUGCCACACUUGCCUUAAAUUGGGCGACGUCUAAAGCGGCUAUGGUGGCACUCUUCUCUUCAAUUGUAGCGCUAUCCCAAGUUAUGAUGAGCCUCAACCAAUUUUUUACGGUUGAUAUCUUUCCUACAACAACAAGGUCUCUAGCUGUAUCUCUAACAAUGACAUUAGGUCGCAUCGGCACUUUAGUUGGUAAUGUUUUAUUCCCUAUAUUAUUGGAUAUGGGUUGCACUGUGCCUUUCUUCACUUUAGCAUCGACUAUGGCUGGUGUAACCCUAUUAAGUUUUGUGAUACCAUCGAUUAAAACG